AUGGCCCAUCCCAGCGCGCCCGCUCGAGCUCCUGUACCCCUUCCCUCCUCCCAGACUCAGCCUUCAGCCUACAUAUACCCCCAAACGCAUACGCCGACCCCAUCUCAAUCCCCUUCAUCGUUCGAGGCGUGGCGGAACAGGCCAAAACGGACACAAAACUGGUCUCAGGCCCUCCCGCCGCCCAGAGACCCAGGCGAGCAGAGCUGGGGUAAGGGCGUAGGGGUCGGAUCGGCUGAGUGGAGCGGGACGACAGCGGCGAGUAGUCAGCGGAUAAGGGAGGCGGAGGUGCGGGCGAAGAUGCAGCGGAUGGCGGAGGAGCGGGAUGCGCUAGCGCGAGCAGGACCUGAUGUUGGGCCGGGAUUGGAUAAGACGGACGGAGGGACGGAACCUACCACUUUCAAGAAUGGUCGGUUUGCGGCGGUGGAGAAGGAAGAGAGGGCGGGCGAGGUGGUCAGGGAACAGAGGAGGCUGGGGUCGCAAGGAAGCAAUGCGAGUCGGAGUGUGGUCAAUCUCCCUCAACAGCCAGGUCGAGCUUCUGCACUCGUUAAACCAAAUCUUACAAUACCGAUCCGACCCCCCGGCGGUUCUGUCGUCCUCCCCGCUCGUAUCGAUCCUCGACCACCUCCUACUCCCUUCCUCGCGCUCCCGUCCCCCGACCCCGCCCGGCUCCCCUCACCUUCUCAUACCCCAAAACGACAGCCCCCGGCAUCACACCUCGGAACUCGUCCCGUUCCUAUCCGCUCGAUAGGCUCGGACCAUUCUGCCCAUUCUGGCACAUCGGCCAGAUCACAGCGAGACGCGUUCAUCGAGUCGGCGCUGCAUCUACCGAUCGAGCUGCUUAGUGCUGUUCAGGCUGAGCAGCCCAAUUCUCGGGCGCCUGCCGAGCCGGUACGUAAGUCCAAGUCGAAUGUUAGUCAACGCAAGGGCAAGGAGGCGGAAGCGCGGAAUGUGGGACGCGGAGAUGGGGAGGCCGACACAGUAGGCGGGUCGGCGAUUGCGAAGGGGAAUAAGGGCGAGGGAAAAGGAAGAGCAGGAGGAGCGCCACUCGAGCCGGUCAAGACCUGGCCGAGGGAGACUCCGCGGUCUACUACUAAGGCGGAGAUCGGUCAUCUCCAGAUCCCCUCGGCCCGUACACUCCGGUCAGCGCCAGCUCAGGCGCAGGGACAGUCUGGUCUACCGGCUCGGUCUUCGUCUAUGAACGUCCCGCACCAUGUCUACGCUCAGAGUGGUCCAAUCGCCUCACCGCGACUCGCCGUCCCCGCCCUACCAGCCCCAAAACGUACUCCUUCACCCAUCCAUAUCCCACCUCCCUCGGCAUCUCACCUCCUCCUUCCCAAACACACGCCAAAUCUGCGUCCUGCUCUUUCUCGCGGCGGGUCGGCCGAUGCUCUCGGCCGGAGACAGCGGGAUCCGAGCCUCACCAACUUGCUUCAGACGCGCUUUGAGCCGAGUACGUACCCGCUCCCGCCGAGCAGCGUGGAAAUGAGUCCGGUGCGACCAGAUCGGCAUGACCAGCAGCCUCCAGUGCGAGCUUUGGGCAGUGCCGCUUCGCACAAGGCCAUAAUGCCGAUUCGUGUCGAGGACGACCAUUCGCUCACUCCCGGAUCAUCGUUCGACCACAAUCACCGGAAUCCCGGUUCGACCUCGCCACUGCCUCGCCCGGGCCAUCGGUCCAUCGUCAUCGACCCUCCAUCAUCCGAUGCCCAUCUCAAGUUCUCCCAGCCACGGUCGUCCCAGUCAUCACGUCCCGGCGCGCAAGAUCCCACGGGGAAUGAGGGAGACCGGAUUUCCUUCGAGAUUCCCUCCGGCACGCGCGGGAGGCUACGAGUCUCUCUCGCUUGGUUCCGAGAUUCGCCGAGGAGGUGGAAAGACCGAGUCAGGUCGCCGAGGAGUGAAGAGCCGCCUCCGCUGCCAACGAAAGAGGGGCGAUGGGCGAGAGAGGAUCGGAUACCGGUCUCACCACGACCCCGAACAAGGUCGCCCGGGGAUGAUCGCUCCCCGCCCCGCUCACGACCGCACUCGCCGCCCUACCCUCCCGCCAGGUCCAAGGAGCAUCUCGCUCCUCCGGAACGAGACCGGGUCCGUUUCUCUCCUAAUCCACCGGACGUCCGCUCGCCACCUCCUUGGCACGUUCUGCCCUCCAACCCAUACCUUCAUCCCGGAACGCCCUUCAUUGGCUCGCCCGUCGCCUACCCGCCCCGUCCCGGUCCGCCGAUUAUGCCAUACCCGCAGCCUGCCCCGGGCUGGCAAGGCAUGCCGUACCCUACUCCCGGUCGUUUCCCGCCACCGGCGCCCCCGUCUCCCCGACCCAGCGUGGAUCCGUCCUCGGAUGGCUCGCCACCUGCUCUCAGGCGGCAAUUCCCAUUACCGCCUCCUUUAGCUGGAUACCCGGGCGGUAGGAACGGUUUCGGAGCGCCGUCGCAAUUCCCGUAUGAACCCAGCAUCGUCGGGCGUGGCCGUGGGCAAAGACAAGGACAGGGGCAGGGGCAAGAGGGUCUACCGUGGUCCGGAAGGCAGACUAUGUGGCAGCGCAUGUUUAGGCCGCAGAGGGAUGACGAGCAUUGGAGAAAUGGGCAGAGGCAAGGCCGAGAUGGGAAAGAGGGGUUGAUACGGAACUGGAGAAGAGAGGUCCCGCCUGAGAAGGCCGGUACGACUUUCAUCGGUGGAGAAAGCGGGUACGAGGGGAACAGACGGAGGCCGAUCUGGCCAUUCGGAACCGCCAGAGCCGGUCCAUCUCAGACUCAGGCUGGAUACCCCUCGACGUAUCCACCACCGCCUCGAACUACCGCCGCGCGGACCAACAUCUUCUCCCGCGCCCCUCGUCCCUUCAAUCGCUCGGCCAUACCCGGUCGAGCCGGCUCACCCAUCCGCGUAUCGGCGGAAGACGUUAAAGCUGCGCGUCGGGCCGAAAGGAAAGAUCGUCGGGAUCGUCGGAAUGCGAUGCAGGGGGUAGAGGAUGGGCGGACGACACUGCAUCCGUUUGACUCGGUCACGAGGGCAGGGGAAGGCAGGCGGUCGCCAGUCCUUCCUGCUCGAAUGCGCCAGCAGCCUCCCCAACAGCAGGAGCAGCGGGGACAGAGGGGGCAGCAGCAAAGACAGCUGAACCCGAUGGGGACGGGAAGGGCGGGCGGGAUGGUCCGGGAUUGGGUGAAGCGGGUCUCGAUGCAGCCACAGCCUGGUGUGCGGACAGGAGGGUCCAAUAGAGCGGGAGGGGCGUGGAAAGAUCGCUUAAAAGCCCGAGGGGAAAGAGGAGGUAUGGCUGGAGGUGGCGCUGGAGUCGGCAUCGGAGCAGGAGCAGGAGCCAAGCUGCGCAGGGGAGACAGUGGACGUCAAAAGCAGACAGCUGGGAAAGGGAGUGGAGGGGUGAGAGGAGAUAAGGGAGGGAUGGGGAGGAUGGGAGGGAUCUUGCGGAUGAAGAAGGUGUAG